CGUAGACGUAGUAUUCGUAUUCGGCGCUUCCCCCCUUGUUUCUUGAUUUCACGCUGUGGACCACAAAUGCCGUUUUUACGCCUCAUACACAUAUAUCAUUCGAUAUAGCAUUUCAUGGGUCUGCCUCUUGCCUCAGCCAUUUGGCAACGUCUAUAAGCUGCAUGACAUCUAUGGCAAAUGCCAAAAAUCACUUCACAUUGACAAUGACGUUUUUUGAAAAUAUGUCAAUUCAAAAGUACCGCUAUAAUUAGUUGUUAAAAUAAGCACUAUUAUCAAUGAUAAAAUGAUGUAACUAGUGAAAUUUAAGUAAAGUUAUAGUAAUAAUCAGUAAAGCUCUAGUCGCACUUAUGAUAACUUUGAUCUGAUAAAACUUUAACCUACAAUUUAGUGAUUCUAUGCAACAUUAAACACAAUUGUAAUGCGAAAGUUUCUUAUUUACUUUUAACACAUUUUAUAACAUACUCCAAAAUGUUUCGCUCAAAAUUACGGUCUAUAGUAAAAUAUUCACUUAUUGGAGGAGCUGUAGGGGGAACAGCCAUCAGUCUUCAUGCAAAUCAAUACCAUAUUGAUUCCAUUGGAAUAGUAAGGCUAACUAGAGCGGCUUGUACGGUAUUCCAAAUAGGAGUGAUAUAUAAAAGAGAUCUCUAUAUGAAAGGUCUAGAUAAAAAAAGUACAGAAUACAAAGAACUGAAAUCCCAAUGCCAUAAACGUAGUGCAGAGAAGCUGUUGGAGUUAUGUUGUACAAAUAAAGGAGUUUACAUAAAAGUGGGACAGCAUAUUGCUGCGUUGGAAUAUCUGUUACCUAGUGAAUAUGUUGAUACACUGAAAAUUCUUCAUUCUAAUGCUCCAACUAAUAAGCUAGAAGAUGUUUAUAGAGUUAUAAAGGAGGAUUUGAAACAAGAGCCAUCACAAUUAUUCUCUAGCUUUGAUCCAAAACCAUUAGGUACUGCCUCUUUAGCACAAGUUCAUAAGGCUACGUUGAAAGAUGGGACACCUGUUGCUGUAAAAGUUCAACAUCCUUAUGUUCAGGGCAACUCUAAAGUUGAUAUGAAAACUAUGGAAUGUCUGGUGAAGAUCAUGAGUUGGGUGUUUCCAGAGUUUAAGUUUCAAUGGCUUGUAGAUGAAUCAAAGAAAAAUAUCCCACAGGAAUUGAAUUUUUUGCAAGAAGGAAAGAAUGCAGAAAAAAUUGCUGAUAUGUUCAGAGAUGUUGAUUGGUUAAAAGUCCCAAAAGUAAUAUGGAACUUGAGUACAUCCAGGGUACUGACCAUGGAAUUUGUAGAUGGUGGCCAAGUGAACGAUCUAGAAUACAUCCAGAAACAUAGGAUUGAUCCCAAAGAAGUAUCUGACAAGCUAGGACAAUUGUAUUCUAGGAUGAUAUUCAUCAAUGGUUUUGUACACAGCGAUCCACAUCCUGGAAAUAUCUUAGUGGGGAAAAACACAAAAGGGCAUUGUGAUAUUAUUUUGUUGGACCAUGGCUUAUAUGCGACACUAAAAGACGAGUUUAGAGUAGAAUAUGCCAAUUUAUGGCUAGCCAUUCUAAAUAGAGAUCGUGUGGCAAUGAGGUACCACUGCAAGAAUUUGGGAAUUGAAGGCAAUGCUUACGGACUCUUUGCUUGUAUGAUUACUGGAAGGACUUGGGAUAGUAUCAUGAGAGGAAUUGACAAGGGCGGCAUGACAAAAAGUGAGAAAAAACUAAUGAAACAGAGUUUCACUAGUAUACUACCCCAAAUAUCGGAAGUGUUACAAAACGUGGACCCUCAAAUGUUACUUAUUCUUAAAACCAAUGAUCUAAUGAGAGGAAUAGAACAUACAUUGAGAACUGGCGCAAGGAUGGGUGCCUUCAGAGAAAUGUCGCAGUGCUGUAUAAAAUCUGUAUAUAACUUGAAAUACUGCAAAACUGAGAACAGACUAGAAAGGUUGAAGAUAUACUUGGCAGAGUUUUGGGCUUUGCUCAAGAUUAAUAUGUAUUAUACGUUGUUAAACAUUAAGAAUUUUUGCACUAUACAUAGUUGAUAAAAUGUAUGUAUAUAGUUGGUCUUUGAAGGUGAUGUAUUUCUAUUACACUGACUGGUAACUGUAAGUGGCGUCCGAUUAACAGCAUAAAAACAUUUUGAAAAUAAAUUGUAGGACAGGCCACUUCACUCAGCCUAAAGAUGCAUCCAGGCUCACUGAGGAUGAAACAUGACAAGAAGCGCGGCAAACUUCGUCUAGUUACUCUUUUUACUCUGGAGGCUUAUCGUGUGUAAAAAGCAAGUGUGCACCUAGGCGCUACUGCCACUUUAUUGGUGUAAUAGAAAGACGUCUAACACUAGAAAAAGGGUGGAACAAAUUUUAGGAAGAAUUGUUGGAUCUUUGUACUUCCCAUAUUUUCCAAACAUAUUUUUUGCAUAGGUAGUUAUUUUUUAUAUUGUCUAUUUAUUUAUUUAUUUCUGUAAUCUGUUGAAAGAAAAUAAAUGUUCCAGAAAAUA